GGGGCCAAUCAGCGGCGAGGGGGCGUGGCCGAGGGGGAGAUGGCGCAGCGGCUCCAUCCCCGCGGCCGGGCGCGCUCCGGCGAGCGGAGCCGGCCCCGCGGCUCGAAGCGGGCCCGGCGCGAGGCCCCGGCGGGGGCCGGCUGCCUGCGCGCGUGGACGGAGGAGAACGACGGGCUGGCCGGGGGCUGGCGGGCCAGCCGCUCCUCGGGCCCGGGCCGCGCGGCGCAGCAGGCGGCGCGGCGCUGCCGACUCGCCUUCGACUCGCUGCUCCGGAAGAUCCAAGGGCUGCCGGCUGCUCUCCCCAGCCUUUCUCUGGAGCUUACUGUUCUCUACAACUCCCUGCUCUUUGCUGUUAGUGAGUCCGAUGGCCUCGUCGAGGGAGAAGCAGAAAGAAUCAACCAUGGGCUCAUUAGGGUGCUGGAGGCUUGUGGGGUGUCUGGGCAGGAUCUCAGCACUGAGGAGCUCUGGCAGAAAGUGCUGCAGGAUGUGACCACGGAAGAGCUGUGUGCGCCUCUGCAUCGACUGGGUGCUCUGCAGGGGGCGGUAUGGCUGGCAGCAAACUGCCUGGGGAGCGUCACUGGUCUCUUCCGGCUCCUGAGUGACACCAAGGACCCUCUGCCUUCUGCCCACGGGGGUGAGAAUGAGCUCCUUGCACUUCUCAAGGCAUGGAGUGUGCCUGUUGAGGGAGACACAUCGCCCCUCGUGGUGCAGAGCACCAAGGACUUGAAAGAGAUACUGUGGACCUCGGCUGCCUUCCUGCAAGGUUUGCAGGGCCUGGAGGCUGGAAAUCUCCCCACCGCUCUCUCCCUGCUCCAGGCAGCCGCAUCCGGGUUCUGCUCCAAGAGGGUCCUGGCCCAGAUCUACACCUCCAUCGGCUGCUGCACUCAGCAAAUGGGCAAGCCUCAGACGGCUCUUCAGCACUUGAAGCGGGCGCUGCAGGUGGAUUUCCAGUGCCUCUCUGCCCUGUCCCAGGCGGCGCUGGUGUACCGCCAGCUGGGGGAGACGGACGCAGAGUUGGAGGCCCUGGCUCUGCUGUACAAGGCUCUGGAGACCCCCGCUCAGGAGGCUGUCUCCAUCGAUCCUUGCUUUCUAAUCCGAACGGAGCUCCUUGUUCACACCCCGGCCCUGGCAUCCCUGUUCAGCCGCAGCCACCCGUCGGAAGUGAAGUACCUGCUGGCGCAGCGAUGCCUCCAGGCUGGCAGGGUGGCUGAGGCAGUGGAGCAUUACCUGGAUCUUCUGGCUCUGCUGCAGGAGGGGCCGCAGCACCAGGUGCCCCUGCACGGCAGGUCAGCUCUGCCCAGGAUCCCGGAGGUGUUCCUGGAAGCUGCGUCCGCCCUCGAGCAGCUUGGCAGGUACCAGGACGCCAUAGCUGUGUGUGAGGAGAUCAUCAGUCGAACGGAUGACCUGAUCCCAGAGACGCUGCGGAUCGAAUUGGACUCCGGUGCUGGAGGGGAGGCGCCAGGCAGGGCAGGCUCCCCUGCGCCUGGCAUCCCGCCCCAGCAGAGAGAGAGCCUGCGCUGCAUCGUGUGGAGGGCGGCUGCGUAUCUGCACCAGGGCUGGGCUUGGGCCAGGCUGGGGGAGAGCAAGGAAGCCAUAACACGGUUUACCAGGUGCCUUAAUGUCCUCCUGAGAGUCCAGCUCGUGAGCGCAGCCAGCAUCCAUAGCAGUGAGGAGAUGGCAGAGGCCCUGGCAGAGGCAAAGGUGCUCCAGAAGAUCAGGUUGCUGGCUCUCCUCGGACGCGGCUCCCAGUUCCAGGAGCUGGGUCGGGACAAAGAAGCUUUGAUGAAUUUCCAGCACAGUUUGCAAGUUUGCCCAGGUGACCCUGCUGCCACCUCUCACCUGCUGCGAGCUCUAUGGAAGCUGAACCGAAGGCAGGAAGCUGCUGCUCUCUGGCAGAAGUUGCACGCGGACGCUGCCCCGGCAGACGGACAGCAGGAAGCACCGGGGAGGCCCUACCCGUUGUACCUGGUGUCGUGUCUAAAGCAGGUGAACCUCCCACACGACGAGUCUCUUGCUAGGAGUCUGCAGGACUAUCUGAGGACCAGUGGCCAGGAUCCUUAGAGCCAUCCCCAUCUCCUUCCCUGCAGAGGGCAGCAGGACAGCAUUAUGCUCUGACGGCUUUCCCAGGACUCUGACUUGCCCUUGGGCAGAAGAACUCUUCCUAGCCAAAGCCCUGAAGCACAAUGAAGCUAUUUUUUUGUAAUAAAAAGGACGUGGGAGUAGGCCACGUCCCAGUGUGUUCGGCUUAUGCACACUCUUCUGACCCUCGCCUGGACUGUCUACGUUAAGAGUGAAGCAUUGUGUGCUGUCAGGAAUGGCACGAGCUUCCUGCCUCUGUCCCCUCGCCGUGGAGAGUGGGGCUGCCUGCAUGCUGGAUCCAUUAGGCCAUGCCUGCCGUAGAAGUACAGGUGUGUGUUUUAACGCGUUAUCACCUAGUGUAGACAGGGCAAGCUGCAGUGCUAACCCCUGUUCCCUGCUGACCUGGCGCUGGAGCCAGCACUAAACAUGGGCGUUCCUGGCUCCUGAAACCGAGCUCCCCCACUGCCUUUGUCUGAACCACAGCAGCUUCCCCCAACUACGCUGCACCCAGGGGCUGCAGUGGGGAGCAGUUCUCAGGGUGAAGGCAGCUUAGGAAUGUCACAGCGGAGAGAGGCAGGGGCAGGGCAGGGUACGUGUGUUCUCUUCAGUGAAUGUCACAACAGAGGUGGGAGCUUGUGGACCAGGGAGGCCAUGGCUGUGCUGGCUGGAUUGUCAGGCCAGGGCAGGAGGGGAUCUGCUCAGGUAUGGCUCUGCAUCGGCACAUGCCGGGCCUGGGCUGUGGGGAGAACAGGGAUCAGACCUAGCUGCCCUGGGGGGUGGGGAAGGGUUUUGCAUGGAGGAGAGAAUCGGCUCCAUGUGGAAUCACAAGGCAGGUGCGCUGGGAACUGCAGGGCUCUCUGUGCUUGGUGGGCUGAUUUCCAGUGUGGGGCAGGAGCUCUCCCUGGGGCUGGCCAUACAUGGUCUGUGUGGGGAGCUGCGGAGGGGAUCUCUGCUCCAUGGGUUGGGAAGGGCUGGGGGAGGGUGCCUCUAGCUGCAGGGUCUGAGUCUCUUGAGUCAGGGGGUCUCUGGGAGGGAGUGUGCAGCCUGGCCAAUCAGGAGGGAAGUGCAUAGGCUCCUGGCCAAUCAAAGUCACGACCACCUGUGGUGUGAGGGGGGCAGAUGUGUGACCGUGGUGUGGGGGCUGGUCUAGCUGGCCAGUCUGCCACAAGCAUGGACCUGGGGCACAGUUGUGAGAAGCAAUGGCAGUUGGGCCACUGAUUGAGCCUCUAAGGAAGGGGGUGACACCCUCAGGGAGAGAGCUAGGGGGCGGGGGCUGCCCUUUGGAGGACCCUUCCUAGAGUGAGGGAGUGAGACACCCCCUCCCCCCAAGCGGGGGACCCUCCUAGAUUGAGGUGCCUGUGGGACAUAUUCCCCCUCCAAGCACAUAGGGUGAGACUGACUGGGGAGAUUCACCCCCACCCCCACCCCCAACACACGCAGGUCUCUGGGGCUAGUCCCCAGUAUCGUCCCUGUGCCCCCGUUUUUUCAACUCUUUGUCUUGUCUAAUUUAUAAGUGAGUAACAUUUCUCGUGUUUUUAAGGACAAAGACACAGUCUCCAGUAGUUGUAAGUGUUCUCCUAUAAAUGUUUUGCUUCUCUACCAAAGAAAAAUACAGAGAGGGACAGGGAAGUAAUGAAUCAGUUCAUUAAUCUGAAGAGAACAAACCUAUAGGAGGCUAAAACUGACACCCCGAAUAACUGAUAGGACAGCAACUGUCUAAUCAAUGAGAACUGCAGUAGAGUUCGAUCAGUCCACCCCUGAAAUGGAGCUGAAAGGCGGUGGGAAGGAAUCGUUUUUCCCAAAGUGUAAUUUGUCUGCAGAACUCUCUGCCACAGGCAAUCAGCGAGGCUCAGAACUUGGUAAGCUUCAAGGAGCGAUGGUGCAGAGCAGGCAGGCGCUCAGUUCCCAGGGCCUCAUCUGGUGCUGCAGGGAAGGCUGGGGCUUGGCCUUAGGAGGGGGCAGCUCCGGGUCGGCUCUGCAGGGGGCUGCAAACCUGCAGCUUGGCUGGCCCCCCAGUCCCAUUCCUCUCCCCAGGGGCUGGGUGGCUCCGGUGCUUGCUAAGGUAGGAAGGUGAACAAUGGAGGAUGCUGGGGGUUCUCCCUGCACAGAUGCGGGGGCUCUGGGGGGAGGGCACGGUGUCCCUGUCUGCGUAGGGUUCUUAUAGGUUCCAGGGCCAAAAGGGACCCCUGAGGCCACCUGGUCUGACCUUCUGUAUAACUCAAGCCCCUCAGACGGCCAUGAAUUAAUUAAUCGCUGUUUGAACUAGAGCAGAUCUUUUAGGGAAACAUCCCAGCUUGAUUUGUAAAUGGCCAGUGAUGGCGAAUCUGCCACACCCUUCGGUAAACUGCUCCUGGGGUUAAUUACUGUCACUGUUAAAAUUUUACACUUUAUUCCCAGUCUGAAUCUGUCUAAGCAGCACAUGUGCACAGGGCAGGCACUUCCACCUUAGGUGUCCUGUCUCUGGCCUGCUCUGCUCUCCCUAGGGGCACGUUUCCUCUCCCCCUCAGGUGCUGGGAUCUGCCUCGGGGCUCGGGCAGUGCUGAACAGCUCCUCCAGCCAGCGGCGAGCCAGCAUGGCCAUGGGGUGCUGACACAAUGGGGGCUGUCUCUCUCUAGGGCACAGAGUGUGCUGGGCCAGUGCUGCACGUGCUGCCAACGUUCCACCAUGGGAAGGGAAACAGGCUGAUCCAGUGCCAAUCCCUCCCAUGCUGAUAGGUUACUGGAGGGCUCCGUAACCAUCCCUGUCCCCAGCCCGCUGCAUGAAUAAACUCUUCUCCUGCUGGCCCUUGCGGGCUCUGGAGAGCAGCAGGGGCUGAAUUUGACUGCUGCCAGCAGAGACCCGAGCAGGGCCUGGCAGACUGUUCUGGAACAGUGGUGGGUAGAUGGCACGGCACGGCCCCCAGGCUGCUGUUAAGAUGGCUCAUUCCCCUGGUUGCCUGCCUGCAUUUUUGGCAUAGAGGCUGAUGGUUUUGUUGCACAGGGUAAGGGUUUAACCUGGCGCUUGGCUGGUGCAGAAGGAGAUGAGCAUUAAUCUCCUUUGUGCUAUUAUAGGGGGGUUAACACGACAUAAGCUUUUAAAGCCCGUCACUGAUGGCGACGUUGCCCAGGGUGGGGCCCGUGGCAUGUGUGUUGGACAUGCCCCUGGUCUGACAUUGUGGGAUGCCUGUGUGUGUCAGGGCUGGGAGCUGAAGGGAGAUACCAUUAGGAUGCUCCAGUCAGAGUCAGAACCUCCUCGUGCUGGGCACUGCACAGAGACGGAGGCGGACAGUGGGAGGAGAGAACGUGGGCUGUGCCGCUCUUAGAUGAGAUUAGGCGUGGAGCUGUGCUGGGGCUGGAUGGUAACAGCCGGAUCCGGGGAGGUUCCAAUUCGCUUUACGCGGGCGGCGUGAGGCAGGGCCGGCGCUGCUGUGGGUCCACACCAGCUGUAUGUGGUAGCAUCAAGCACUGCGCUGAGCUGGCAUGUGCACACAGGGACUUUGCUGCCCUCUCCUGACCACAUGGCGGAAUGUCGGCGCCACGGCCCAGGGCACAGACUGCAGCAGGUGGCCGGCAACCUGGGUGCUUGUUUAUAUCCAGUUAGCUGAGAGCCGAGUUCCAGCUGGUCCUGUGCCUGCCUCUGCCUUUGGGUGGGACAGGACUCGGGCUCCGGGAUGAUGUGGCUCUGCUGCUCUGCCCUGGGAAGGGAACGACAGCAGCCCUUGAUCAUCGUUGAUUUCUGCCCGUGCCCAGAGCUGUGCUAUGUGCCUCCCAAAAUACGGGCUAGGAGCUGACCCCCUAAAGGGGCCUGAAGCCGCGGGGUGGGGGAGUGAUGCCAGCGGGAUGGCGAGAGCCAGGGGGUGCCGUCUGGCUUUGUGACUGAACGGAUGGCUCAGCUGGGGAAUUCCCUGUUGGCAGGGCAGCAGAUCUGAACAUUAAGGGUGCUCUUGCCAUGGCGGGGGGUGGGGGCGGCAGAUCAGCCCCACCCUUUCCAUGCUACUCCUGGCCAGCAACAUCCCUGGACAAUGUCAUUUUUUGCCCUGCCACUGGCAGGCUUCAGUUACUGGUGAUGUCAGUGAUGCCCCUUCAGCUCCCUGUGGCCCGGCUCGGGGAGUUGCAGUCACAAAGGCAGAGUGGCUGUGUUUCCCAGGGGUGGGGCUGACAGAAUCAGCAUUUGUUAGCUGCAGGAAUAGCACAGUGUACACUGCACGUUGGCUGGCACAGCUCCACCAGCCCGGGGGUGAUUGGCCCAACAGAGCUGUGCUGGCAAAGGACCCUAGUGCGAGUGCUGUUGUAGGAGCAAUACUGCACUCUUGUCGGGUUUGUUCCAUCUGCACUCGGGUGCUCCGCUGGACUGGUAACCCGGUAUAGCCACCCUGGCAAAGCGCUCCUGGUGCAGAUCUGGUCUGAGAGUGAACAUGGCAGAACAUGCCGUUCAGUACCGACAGCUCAUUGGAUCAAUCUCCCCAUCACUGGCAUUGAUCCAUUUCCUCUCCUUCUGCCACAAUCACUGUAAUGCAAUGCUAAGCUGUAUUACACUGUUCAGCCACUAGGGCGGGGUGCUGGGACAAGAUUUCUAGAGGGGCUGCUGAGAGCAAUAAACUGUAGACCCUGUAUAUAAUGGAAACCACUUCAAGCCAGGGGGUGCUGCAGAAUUGAGGGGUGUUACCCCAGAAUUUGAUCAAGCUAAUUGCAGCCAUAUUGUUGCAUUCACCCACCAUGAAUUAAUAAAAUAGAAGGCCACAUAGUUAAGGGUUAAUUUGGACAAGCAGGGCUUCUGGAGGCAAGGUCAGAUACCAGCUGCAGGCUCUGCCAAUGGGAGGAGGGGAGAAAAGAGUCAACAAUUGGAGACUGACAGAAAAUAAGUGGAUGGAGACCUUGAGUUUGGGUGCCCUUAAUAUAAAAGCUUCUUAUAGCUCAGACUGUUAGGAAUGAUUUGUUAAGUAGUUGAUUGAAGUUAGGAGAAGUGAUGGCCCAGUAGGGGUCACUAUGAGCUGUGUGUUUUGUAAAAAUUAGCUACAAAAAGACUAGAUAAUAGAGUGGCAGGGAAGUGACCGGCCAUCGCUCACCUGCUGCUAAUUACUUGAUACCAUCUCAGAUUUUAGGUAAUUAUUUGGGAUGUUGUAAACCUAUUGCUUAUGUCUGUGUGUGCUUAAAUCUAAUAAAUAGUUUUAGAUAAGA